GCCACGUCUGCCCAGCAAUGUCCAAGCCGCCGCCUAAACCGGCCAAACCAGGGCAAGUCAAAGUCUUUAGAGCCCUGUAUACAUUUGAGCCCAGAACACCAGAUGAGCUGUACUUUGAAGAAGGGGACAUAAUCUACAUUUCUGAUAUGAGUGACACAAAUUGGUGGAAAGGAACCUGUAAAGGCAGAACUGGACUGAUCCCCAGUAACUAUGUGGCUGAACAAGCAGAAUCAAUUGACAACCCAUUACACGAAGCUGCCAAAAGAGGAAACUUGAGCUGGCUGAGGGAGUGUUUGGAUAACAGAGUUGGUGUCAAUGGAUUAGACAAAGCUGGAAGCACGGCCUUGUAUUGGGCAUGCCAUGGAGGUCAUAAAGACAUAGUAGAAGUGCUACUGACACAGCCAAACAUAGAACUAAACCAGCAGAAUAAACUGGGAGAUACUGCUUUGCAUGCUGCUGCAUGGAAAGGCUAUGCAGAUAUUGUAGAAAUGCUGCUGGCAAAAGAAGCCAGAACAGAUUUAAAAAACAAUGAGAAAAAAUUGGCCUUUGACAUGGCUACUAAUGCCGCAUGUGCUUCCCUGCUUAAAAAGAAAAAAGGACAAGACAUAAUGCGAACAUUAAGUAAUGCAGAGGAAUACCUUGAUGAUGAAGACUCUGAUUGAAUUGCCUUAUACCACGUUAAAAUCUACAAUCUAAAGCCUCCCUCGCCUUCACCUUCCCUAAAAUCCUUUCCCUAUGUAACAACAAAAAUGUACUUUCACAUAUACAAUAAUGAAAUGUUACAAUCAUUGUAAA